GCGCCUUCUGUGUGAUCGAAAUCACGGUCAGAGGUUUCUGAUAGCUGUUGUGGGCGAAACUUCGUGGUUCUCGUACUUAUUCGCGUGGUCGCACACGCAGUAGCUUUGUUUACGAGGGGUGUCGCCCACCGGUGACUUAACCUGGCUUUCGCGAGAGCGUCCGAAGCUUUUGUGACUGUUGCUGAAGUGACUGUUCGUGGAGGGUCUGCUGCGCGUCCAUCGGCGCUUUUGUGAAGACGCGCAUGGCGAUUCCCGAUGAUGUUCUAUUGGCAGUGUGGGGACCAUUCGGCGCUGCUUGCGUGCUGUGCCUCUGCGUGUCGUGGGUCUACCUGUGGCGGCUGAGCCUGCGGCGUGAGCGCGAACCUUUUGCCCUGGCAUGUGGCGCCAUCUCUGUAGCCGCCAGUUUGGCGGCAGCCGCGCUCGUGCCGGCAGACGUCUCCCUGGUGUCCGCCAUGAAAGGGGACGAUGGCACCUUCCAGCCAUGGGCAGCCAACGAGUCCGACCGGAAGGUGUUGCAGUCCGAAGUCCAGCUCGCCUAUUUCGUGCUGUACGGACUGCUGGUGUUGCUGGCGUUCGUGGUGCUGCCGUUUGCCUACUUCUUCUCUGAGGAGAAGGACGACACCCUCGACAGGACAGCCUGCUCGCGGGCUAUGUCAGCGUUGAAGUACACGGUCCUGUUCCUGUUGGUGGCUGGCGUGCUGCUCACUAUUGGGGCCGUGAUUCCGUUGAGGCAGGCUCCCCCGAGCAACAGCACGGAGUGGGACAAGAUACGUUUCCUGGUGGAUGAACUGGCUGCCAGCCGUGGUGAGGACUCCCUCAGGUUCCUGCUGUCACUGUUUGUGCUGGUCGGCAUGUUCCUGCUUAUAGUCUACACGGGCUUUGGGAUGUCUGCGCUGCCCAUGCGCCUGGUGCUGGGUGAGCGCAGCGCCGCCCGGGAGGUGGCCGACGUGGGCGAGCGGCGGCGCGCCCUCCGCACCCAGCUGGACUCCCUGGCUCGGCACGGAGGCGGCUCCAAUCGGCAGCGCUCGGCCCGCCUCGAGGAGCAGCUACACAACCUGGACGAGCGUCAGCGCCGCCUGGAGGAGUUUCGCGGAAGCUGCUCCUACCGGCUGCGCUUCCUCAUUCGGCCUCUGCAGAUCGUGUUAGGAGUGGUGUUUGCUCUGCUGGGCUUGCUGCUUUGGACAUCCCUUCUGCUCUCCAACGUGGACAAAGCGAUGCACUCGCUGGGCUUUCGGAUGGGCUACCUGCUGGACCACCCCGAACUUCCGAAUCCGCUGGACAUUACGCUCGUGUGGCUGCAGCGAUGGGGCGCCUCCAUUCUGGACUCGGCGCUCAUACUGGCCCUGCUGUUGCUGCUCGUUGCCUGCUCCACGUAUGGCUUGCAGCGCAUUGGCAUCUGGUGCCUCUUUCUCCAGAUGUACCGCCUGCGGAUGGGUCGGGCGCGGCCGCAGGCAGUUCUGCUUCUGUGCAUGGCACUUGUGUUCGUCGCCCUGGCUCUCAACGUGCUGCUACAUUCGGCUUGCCCGCAGUAUGCAACCUACGGGUCUCAACGUUACCAGGGCGUCAAUGGCACACAGCCCUGUGAUGCGCAGGCACUUCCAGAUGACUGUGUGAUGAGCCGGGGAAGUGCCAUGCUGGAGAGUUUCUUCUUCAGAGCAUGGAUCUUUGGUGCUGCCUUCUACUGGGCCACCUGGCUGUUCAUUGGGAGCGUGGUCAUCUCCUUCCUGGUGGUGGUGAUUCGCGGACGGCAGUCGUCGGUGGAGGUGGACGCCGACGAAUUUGAGGACGACGACGACGACGAGCCCCUCAUUAGGGCCUGAAGGAAAAUGACGUGCUGCUAGUCGAGGCCACUUGGAGCGCCAUCACCACGUUUCGAGUCCGCCAUUGGCCUUCUCCAUCGACUCUUACUGAGAGGCAUUGUUUACAACUUGUGGCCGAUUACCGUGCAUCAAAGCUAGUUUGUAUAUAGAGAUUGAUGCGUAGCAUAGAGGCAACCUUUACGAGUUAUGGCUGAUUACCGUGCGUCAAAACUUGAGUGUAUAUAGCGAUCGGCGCGUAGCAUAGAGGCCACUUGCAAGAAAGCUUCACCUUAGCUGAGUUGAUUAUAAAUGCGAGAGUGUGCAUAUCUGAGUGUGUAUUAUGGAAGCAUUGUGGACAAUGCCUGCAGGUCUGGCGAUUGUUUCGCUUUAUUAUUGGCAGGUCUUGAAUAGCACCUAAGCAGAUGCUCCCGCCAUGUUGUUAGGUGCACGUGUAACGUAAAUCCCAGCAUGCCAUUUUGCCCGAGAUAUUUUAGCACCACGCAGGCGGCGGCAAAUGUGGCCCCUUCGAAAAGGUCUUGCCGACGGAGCCACACCGGUUUGCAACGUUACAGGCCAAUGCAUCACUUUUGGUGAGUGUUAAUCGUGGGAUUCUUUUUCUCUUUAUUUUGUUCUGGUGUUAUAAAUGUCUAUUUUAUUUUUUUCGUGUACAUAAAUUCGUAUCUCAAGCAAAGCUUUGUGCAGCGAAAGCUCCACGUGUCACUGUCUGUAACUGGUCUUUUUACGCUGCCCAUAAUUUUUGUUGCAAUUCUCCUUUAAAGUGUUGUUAUGUGUGCUUGAAAGAGAGCUAACUAUCUUUGUACCGGGCACACGCAGUCAGUAGAUCUUAAAACAUUUUUUAAUGUUUUAGAAAAGGCGUCGUACUUUAGCUUCGCAGCUCUCUCUGCAGCAUUGGUGGGGGGUCUCCGCUCCUGUUCACUCUAAGAUUAUAUAAUGAGCAAUUGUAAUGUGAAGUUCCAUAGCAUCUCGUUCUAGUGUUUCACUGAAACUUAGUUUGCCAUAUUCCCUGCGGCUAAUGUUUGUCGUUUCUGAGAUUGUACUAUGAUGGCUUAUAUUCUCCUGUAAAAUCAUUCGAGUGAUUCUGUGUGUGUGUAUUGUGAGAGAUAAAGUUGUGCACAAACGAGUAUUUAUGAAUCAUGUAUUGCAUUGCAUGCAGAAGCACAGAGUAGUACUAUCGCUCACCUGUUACAUCUUUUUAAUUGCUGAGAAAACCAUUUAUAGAAUAGUAUUUAGUAUUUAUUAUAGAAUAGCAAAACUGCAAGAGUAGUCUCUUGCAGUUUUGCUGUAUCUGCUGAAAGUUGUUGUACUAACUUAAUUGCACGCAUCAUGGUUCAAAACCAUGCUGCACUGUGAAAACCUUGCUGACAUUGGUGCAGUACAUUUUAGAUGUACUACUGCAUGAUGUCUGGUAAUUCGUUACAGGAUGGUAGUGUUCAUGGCAUUGAGAUUAUACUUUAGUGGCACAUUUCUUUCGCCUACCAUGGGAACCUCGUGGAACACAAACAUUUCUGGCGCAUUGUUAUUCAAAGAAGCAUGUACCAGAAAAAAAAAAGGCUGUUUCUAUUAGUGCCACAGCACCCAAACUGAUCUCCAGUGUCUUGGUGUUUAGCAAACUGCAUUGUGUACAAAAACAGGCCAAAAAUUCACUAAUUACCCACUGCAGCGUACAUUUGCCACAGUAAAUUCGCAUGAUGUUGCAUGUAUAUUAAUGGCAAAUUGGGCUGAUCAUUGCAGAGUGCUUGGGCAAUGCUUCAAGGGUGACGGAAUACUGCAGCAAAAAUUUACUGUGGUCUUAAGCAUGCUCCAAUGGUGGUUAUGAAGGCAGACUGCUCGUCUACCUAAUACCAAUCUCUCACUGGCACUUUUGGCUGUGAUAAGGGCCUAUCCUGAUUAGGCGUUAUCCAGGUCAGGUGCUGCUGCACAGUUACUUUGAAUCGUGAUCAGGUCCACUCCUGAUCAAGACGAUCGCGAUUUGACUGACAUCUGCGCCAAACUCGAUUCAGAUUAUAGUUUGAACUGCGUAGCAACGACUAUUGCUGAUUGCGGUCAAGAAAUCCGGUCUCA